GUAGAAGAGAGUGGAAACUUCUGCUCCUUCUCUCUGUACCACCUCUGAUAUUAAAGCUUUCGACUCGUCGUUCCUCCAGAACCUGUGACUCCGUUCAAAGACCAGCUGUGAGGAGCUCCUUCACCUUCAUCAUCUCCAACAUGAAGACUUCUGCCAUUCUCCUGCUCUGCAUGCUGGGAGCUGCAGUCUUCAGCACCGUCUUCUGCAGCAGUGCAAUCGGACCUGAUAACUGCUGCUUCAGAUUUUACCCCAAACAAAUUCCAAGAGGAAAGAUUCAGUCCUAUUCUCUGGCUGAUAAUCGCUGCCCCCGGUCUGCGAUCAUCUUGAAGACCAUAAAGGGUUCAAAGGUCUGUGUGGAUCCAAGCAAACCCUGGGUCAAGAACGUCAGACUGAGUGUGGAUCAGAGAUCUUUCUGAAGUUCUUCCAGUUUUCCUGCUUUUGUCUCACAGCUGUGUGAUCUUUGCUUUUAGACUUUAAUCCACGAUUUAAUCCCAGACCAUGUGGAUCAUUAUACUAGAGUAAACUGCAAAUAUUUCUUUCUGUCUGUUCAUGUUGCUUUACAUCUGUACAUAAUAAAAGUUUUGGUUCUGGUGCAUUUGCCAUUAUUUUACGUCUUCCACAAAAAAAAAAAAAAAAAA